AUGCGAUCAGCAGUCUUGCCGCUGAUUUCGCUGCUGCUGUUUUUGUCCAGCUCGUCCUGCCUGGGUGAGAUCUCGUUUUCAAUUUAGUAAUUUGCUUUGUUCUUUGAGCUCAGUACAUUACCAACCGCUGCUUUUGAUGAUAUCUGUGCGUUUUCUGUUAGUGACUUCUGUUUGGUGGGGAAACACGCGGUAACCAGCUGGGCAUGGUCCAGGGAUUCCCCUUGGCUGCGCAAUUGCAUGUUCAGUCUCGUUAUCUUCGGUAGGAUGUAGCCCUUCAGCCAACUGUGUGCUCAACAGCAGAAAAUCAGCGGGCUUAGAUUGUCGGCAGUGUGGUAUUCAUCUAAUAACUACUCGACAUUGUUUGCGAUAUGAAGCAAAGCAUCCAUUAAAAGUCUUGGGUCUGCGCUCGAGCAGAAAUGUUACCUCGAAACGUAAGAUUGAUUUUAACAAGCCAGUUUGUGACCUUUUCGGCAAGCAUGUUGCUAGCCAUCCUCGUGCGCCUUUCAGGGGGAUUGCAACGCACACAUAAUGUGUUGUGUUCAUUCAUUCUUUUCCACCGGCAGCAGUUUGCAUUUAAAUGUGGUUGCUCAAUAAUUGUUAAAGGAAGAGCAUUGCUUUUUCAUAUCACCCGGCUAUUUAAACUUCUUACCGCAUAAGGUAUGAAGGUAAAUUUAUUUUGCCCUUACCAUGUGUAUUAACGUCUUCAUUCCUUAUCCAGUUUGAUCUUCUAAGUUUGGCAAAUCACCUUCACUGCAGAUAAUCCAUAGACAUUUUCAAACAGCUGACAGGCGUUUUUAAUGCUUGCACUAUUUUGUUAUACGUCAUCAUCAAUUAAUGAAACAAACAAAUCCCAUUCUACUUCGGUACCUGACUCUAGUCACAGAAAUAAUAUCUAUGGAACUUUCCCACAACCACUAGAAUAACCAGCUUAUUAUGCUUUUCGAGAGGGCAAUGAACUCAUGGACUUCUGUUUCUGCAUGGAUAUACGUCUGUGUGGUAGGGGGUGAUCACUGAUCGGGAUACGAGAUGUGCUAGUUCCGUAUGGUCUUAUAGCCCAGUGGGCAGUCGCAUGAUGACUAGUGGCAUGUGUAGACAAAGGGGAGGGGAUUACGGACAAAAUGCAAGAAGAUGAGGAUGGCAAGUUCUGGCGUAUUAGGCGUCGUCCGUCAGCAAUGCAGACUUGGGGUCCGAACCCGAGUUCUCGGAUACCUAAACGGGUCGGGUGAACUGUCAGUUUCUGUCGGGAAUAUUUGUCGGGUGCUGAUUUUCUUAUGUCACAAUUGACGGGAAUGUCCGUAAUUCUAAUUAGUGAGUACGUAUUUCUGCAUCUUUCAAUGCCACAUCUAGUUUCAAUGAGACUUAGACCCCAGAGGUCACAAUUCUAGAAAGGUCGAAGGACCAAUACCCAUCUGCAAAUCGUAUCCAUUUUGUGGCACCGGCAGCCUUUUGAACAAAAUCUUCCUGCCUGACCCUCCACAUCUGAAUCUGUCGUCCGACCCAGCUCUCAACUAUGUUGUUGGUUUGUGAUUGUACCCACUAAAUGCCGCAUGAUAAACUUUAACUAAACGCUUGCCGCGAUAGUCCAUGAAGGCAUUUCUGCAGGUUUCUCAUUUGAAUACAUCCACUUGUUCGAAUAUUCAGCCUUGUACCUCGUAGACCAAACUACAGAUUUGGUACUUCAAAGACGUGACCUCAUCUUCUGCCAGUGAACCUCACUCACUCAUGAUUAGGGUGUAUGAACUUGAAAUACAACCAAAACAUGUUUGGCAAAAUAAUUCGCUAAAUGCUGACUUGUAAGGAGAUUAUGUCACCGCAUAAUUGCAGGACCAACUCGACAUUCGUACCUAGACUACUACUGCUGUCACCUGUACCACUGCAUCUACUGCUACUGCUGCAGUGCUUGGGUAUAUUUAAGGAGUCAGGGACACGGUAUCAAAACUAUCAAGUCAUAAAUUUUUGCAGAAAAUGUCCAAUGUUCAUUCCUACUUGAAUCUACAGAACUUCCCUCUUGCUGUUACUAGAAAAACGCCGUCUAAUAUUCCAGAUAUAUGAGCUAUUUUACAUAUAGAGUAUGGCAAUCAACUGACUGCCCAUGUACUCCAAAUCAUUACUCCUUUUUUCCCAAACUAGUAUGGCACCUGGUUCAGUGCACUUUUAAUAAAUAUCCCUACAGAUGCAGACACACCUGCUUCGGCUCGCGUGACGCGCGUGACAGAAACCUCCCUCUCCUUUGAAUGGACUGAACCACCCUCCGAGGGACUGCAACACGUCUUGUUGAAGGCGACUACCGUUACCGGCACUGGAACUUCCGUGGAGAACCGCCUUUCCGCAGACCUCAGACAGGGUCAGGUGCAGAAUCUUGAACCCUACACAUACUACAGCACGUCCGUAACCUACGUCUACGAAGACAGUAACAAGAACAAAAUCAUCGACACAGGCCACGUGCGAACUUGGCCAGCUGGUAAUCUCUUUCAUGCAACUUAAUUGCACAAUAUUUUCCCCAAUUUCAACUUGUGAAGACAUCAGUCAUGCAUAAGUGAGUCCUGGCAAAGUCCUGCACUUCACAUAAAAAAUGCGUCAAGCGCUGCAAAGUACUCAUUGAUGGUUACUGUGGCGAGUGCAGUGGAUUCUCAUCAAGGCCUUCUGCCAGUGAAUCGACACACACACACACACACACAAUCCUAAAAGGCUAGGUGCAGCUGUCGUGAAGGCACCCGACCAGUAGUCUGCGCUGGUAUAGUUGGGUUUGCCAUCUGGCUUACGUAGAUAAUAUGAUAACGGACUACCAGGAUGCCUUUUUUUCGUAACCUCCGCAGCUCCCUCUCCGCCGACUAUCACAUCAGUUGUCAGCACGGGACCCAGGUCGAUCAAGGUGUCCUGGUCACCGCCGCAGAAGACCAAUGGAAUUCUGGAGGAGUAUUUGGCAGCUUGCUACCAACUGGGGGAUCAUAUUCCGGGGUCCAGUCGGCGGGUGAAUGCCCAAACACUCACCGCUGAGAUGUCAUACCUAAUACCAAAUCACCCCUACGAGUGUGCUGUGAUCGCCUCUACGAAAGAAUUCAGAUGGGGUCAAGGCGGUGGAAAGACGUCCUCCGCAAGAUCUUCCGUCGUGCGAACUUGGCCGGGCAGUGAGUUCUUUCCUACAGCUCAUGUUUCGUUUUGUUCACUCAUACAGAACGUGAUAUGGCUUAUGCAAGAAUUCGAUAUUAGCUUAUUUGAUCUCAUAUUCCCAGGAGGGAGUCGUGUAGAUAAGAAUCAUCGCCCAUUUCUCCUAGCUUCUAUGUUUGCGACAAGUUUGUUUUCAUGAAAAGCGGAAUUUGUCUACAUUGCAUAAAAUCGGUUCUGAUUCCUGCAUUGUGGAGUUGCCGCUGCACCGUUCGGGUGUCUAUUGCAUUAAUGAAGACCGUCAUCGCCUACGCACGUGGACCGUAUAGUAGGGGAUUAUUCUAUUAAAACAUGUGUGGACCAUCAUACGUGGGCUUUCUCGGGGAAACUGAUGCUGCAACGACGUUGCAGUUAUAGUCGGGACCGCCUAUUGACCUUCGUUCGAUCAAAUUUCAGAAUCUAGUGUGGUUGACACUCAAGUUUGACGAUGUUCUGCACAAAAAUGGACAUUGUAAUUUUAGCAAAUUCUCUGAGUAUGCUACUUACUGAACGUACGCUUUGCACCAUCGUCUUCGUUCCGUAGACCAACAAGAUGGGGAAUCAUCCACUUGGGCUUCUUCCUCAAUGAGUACUCACACAUCUGCUUGUUUCGCAUUAAUCUAGCUGCCUUCUAGUUUUGAACUAAUUAAUUCAAUUCUACUUACAACUCUGCUGCUAGAAGGAAUGUGUGCAUCAACCCAUCAUGUCAGAAGGUAGGGCAUUCUGGCUUGUAGCAGUUCGGUCAUCUGUUUUGCAAAUACGUACAAAGGUAUUCGUGUUUUCUAAUUAUCAUCUGCACUUCUAGAUUAGUUUCUCAUCCGGCACUGUUCUAGGGCACGCAGCAUUUGACCAAUUAGCCUACCGGACGCAGAUUGCCUGCGUCUGGUUUCGACCUCAUUUCUUUGGCUGUUUUGUACUUAUAUUAACUUCAGAGAAGUGUUCCCUUCAAAACACCUGAGAGCACAGUCGCAUGGAAGCAGCUUUGUUGUUCUAAGACAUUAUCUGAAAUAUCCAUAUCUAGACGAAAUCAAUCGACGGGGAACUUAAGGGUUAGAAGGAAAGAAAAAUGACAAUUUUGCAUUCUUUCGCAUUAAGAGCGUCUGGCUUUCGAAACACGCUUCUCCUUUCAGGCGCUAUGAAGGACGACAUUUUCUCCUAUUCCAGCUACUGAACAGCCCAUCUACAAGUAUGCUACUGCUCGUGGUCCUCGGUCGGUGUAUAUCGAGUGGUGGAAGCCAAACACCAUAGACGGAGUUCUUGGUCACUACAGUGUCACCAUGGCUCCUAACGACGACCCGGCUUCAGCAAAAGACAUCAAAACCAACAGUGACACUCCCAGGCUACUGGUUACCCAACUGCAACCAAAUACCAAGUACAAGUUCACAAUACGGGCCUUUGUGCUGCCCAAUGAUGAAGGUCUGGGGGGUGGAUACAGUAUUCCAUCGGCGACCGGAUAUGUGACGACAUCGGCCGAUGGUAUGUGCUACCUGAAAUGAUGGAAAGGUCUGUUUCCUCUAGUUAAAAGCCUAACGACAAUGCGUGUCCGCUUUCUCAAUGUAGGUCCCAGUGCGCCAGAGUCCGGUUUCGGCGCCUCUGUCGGGAAAUGCGAGUGGGAAUCACGCGCCGGUUGCAAUGACGCCGAUUCAGGGACGCUGACGUAA